UGAGGGAGGGAACUUCAUCAGGAGGCGAUGGCGGCACCGCCGUGACAUCACCCCGCGGCUUAUAUAGUUGGGGAAGGGUCCGGGUCCCCCCGUCUUGGUGCCAGCGAGCGUGCUGAGGGGGGCGCGGGGGGUCUCUGUGUCUGUCUGUCUGUCUGUCUCUCCGUCUCUCCCCAGGAUUUAUGGACUUUACUUUCUAGAGGGCGGCGCGGCAAGGAUGAGAGCCCAGCUGGUGUGCGUGGUGCUGCUGGCUUUGGCCUCCUGCAGCCUCUGCUCAGAUUCAGAAGAGGAAAUGAAAGCGUUAGAAGCAGAUUUAUUGACCAAUAUGUACACAUCAAAGAUUAACAGAGCAAAACUUCCUUACUGGAAAAUGACCCUGCUAAAUGUCUGCAAUCUUCUCAACAACAUGAACAACCAAGUGGGGGAAACAGUAGAAGUAGAUGAAGAGGAUUUGGUUUCAGGAAGACAGUUUCCUACUGCUCUGGAUGGCUUCAGCUUGGAAGCAAUGCUGACAGUAUAUCAACUCCAAAAAGUCUGCCACAGCAGAGCCUUUCAGCAUUGGGAGUUACUUCAGCAAGAUGCUUUUGAUCUAGAGAACUCAAGCCAAGACAAGGAAAUAAUGAAAAGAAAAAAUCCCUAUAUUCUGAAACGGCAGCUACAUGUGAACAAAGCUAGAAGACCCUACAUACUCAAGAGAAGUUCAUAUUACUGAUGCAGCAGAAGAAAACAAUGUAUAUUUAGUUUAUAGGUAACUGUGCGUUAUGGUUAUCUUAUUUAAAUCUAAAAUCAUACUUGUGUGAAAAUAUACUAUGGAAAAUCAUCAAGAUGAUAACAUAACUGUGUCUUUUUUGCAAUUGCUGUUUCUUGAUUGUGAUUUUUUCCUACUUGAGAUUAAUUGGACCAAUACAUUUGCAAAUAAAUCUAGUUUCUAAGCAUGA